AUGAGUUCCCUAAAUGAAGUGGGGAACUCCUUUAACCUGACAACCUACUUGCCCGACCCACUCCUGGAGAAUCUCGCCCUGACAGCACUGGCAAACAGAUCUGGGUCUUGUAACCUCACCCUGGCCCCCGAGCUUCUACAGAACCAAGCCUGCAGUGCCAGAAAGGAGAAGAACUGGCCAGCCCUGCUCAUUGUCAUUGUGAUAAUCAUGACCAUUGGUGGGAAUAUUCUGGUCAUUGUGGCAGUGUCGCUGGAGAAAAAGCUUCAGAAUGCCACCAACUACUUCCUCAUGUCCCUGGCUAUAGCAGACAUGCUGGUGGGGAUCCUUGUCAUGCCGGUUUCUCUUAUCACCGUCCUGUACGGCUACAUCUGGCCGUUACCUGCCAAACUUUGCCCAAUAUGGAUUUAUUUUGAUGUGCUAUUUUCAACUGCGUCCAUCAUGCACUUGUGUGCAAUAUCUUUGGAUCGGUACAUUGCCAUCCAGAAUCCCAUCCACCACAGCCGCUUCAACUCCAGAACAAAGGCAUUCCUGAAAAUAAUUGCUGUUUGGACAAUAUCUGUCGGUAUUUCAAUGCCCAUUCCUGUGUUUGGACUUCAAGAUGCUUCCAAGGUGUUUAAGGAUGGCAGCUGUUUCCUGACAGACGAGCACUUUGUCCUGGUGGGUUCCUUUGUGUCGUUCUUCAUCCCCCUCACGAUCAUGGUGGCCACCUACUUCUUGACCAUCCGCGUCCUGCAGCAGGAAGCUACCUCACAUUCGGCUGUGCUGAACCGCAAACCCAAGUGGACCAACCUCCGAAUGCUCCUUCAGAAGGGGCCGCUGUCGGCCAACUCAACUGUCAAAGCAGCCAUGCUAAAGAAAUACGACAUUAAGAGGACAUCACCUCAUAUAAUGUCUUGGUGUUCUUCGGACAAAGAGUUGGGACCUUCAGGGAGGCGGUCCAUGCAGUCGAUCAGCAACGAGCAGAAGGCUUCCAAGGUGCUUGGCAUUGUGUUCUUCCUAUUCGUUGUGAUGUGGUGUCCAUUCUUUGUGACCAAUGUAAUGUCUGUAAUCUGUAUAAACAUCUGUGACAAAGAACUAAUGGAAGAACUCCUGAGCAUCUUUGUCUGGGUAGGCUACAUCUCCUCUGGCAUUAACCCCCUUGUAUACACCCUUUUCAACAAGACUUACCGUUCAGCUUUCUCUCGGUGCAUCCACUGCCAAUACAAGGAAGAGAAGAAGCCCACACAGCAAAUCCAGGUCAACACAGUUCCCACCCUGGCAACGAGCAAAGAUAAACUGCAGCUCUCCAGUAUGGAGAGUCUGAAACAUUCUGCCAAAAUGAGGAGCAGGGCACCUUCAGUAGAAACCCUGGGAGACAACAAUCAGGAGACGUCACAUAUGGGGACAGUUUACAUUGCAGAAAGGGUCAGCUAUGUUUGA